AGGGGCAGCCGGAAGCAGUCUUUAUCUCUGCAACCUGUUUCCUUUAUCAUAGGAGGGGGUGAUCCCUGCUGUCCCCUUGGCAUCCUGAGACUACGGUGAGGUGAGGAACAGUGAUGCCUCCGAAGUUUUAAAAGUUUUAAAACCGCUCCACACAGCGAGCCAGCCCCCUUGCACGCACACCCAGCAACCCGUCACGGGUUGUCAUUUGCUUGGAAUGACGAAGACUGUCUUCUACCAAAAUCUCAUUUCCAACUAAGGGGAAGACAGCAAAUAUGAACCCAGCCUUUGACUGGUUUCCCGGAAGGGGGCAUCCUGUGGGUCCUUGGUGUCCUGUGACCGCUCUCGCUUCUUCCACUCGGAGUUCCUGCUCGGUUCUUGGAGCACGUGGCAUCCCCCCACCCCCUCGCUGACGGACGGUUAUGCAAGCCAUUAGAGAAUUGCUUGGAGGAAGAGUCUGUACGGCUCUUGCUUCAAAUUACGGCAGCUGGAGAAGGCGAGCAAGAGAGAGAAGCCUGUGGAGUAGGAAGUUAAUGCAGCAAGUGGGUUGGAAGCCUUUAGGAAAGUAAGGGGGGGCCUGAAACCUGGAAGCAGGAUCCCGCGGCCUGCCUGCGGGAAUGAGGAGCGUUCGGAGCGGCUGGAGAGCGUCACAGACCCAGAGGUGGAUGCUAGGACCUUACCAGCUCAAGAUUGUAUUGGGUCAUGGGUGGAGACAAGAGUGCCAUGGUCUUACGUUCAGGAGGAGUCAAGACGCACAAACAGAGAAAUGAUGGGAAUGCCUGCUACUUGUCUCGCUGCUUGGAGCUCUCACCUCCGACGUUGAACAUGGGGACCAGCAGGCCCAGCAGCCACCUCUUCCCGAAGACCUCCUAGCCUUGGAGGUGCCACCUUCAUGGUCAGGACCUGAGCAGGGACAAGGCUGGGCCACUUGGAAGCACCUGAGGACUGAUCAAGAGGAGGGAGGACCGUCUGCCUGAGCCACACCUCACCUGCUGGUCCAGGGGCCGCGUAGCUGAGCCGAGACCGCAGGUCUGACUCGGCCCCGCCCUGGAGAACUGACUCAGGGAGCUCCCAGGAUGGCCGUCCCGCCUGGCAGCCUGAACGUGAUGGAAGAGACUCGGAACAUGACAACAAAUGAAUGCUUCCAAUCCCGGAGCACCGUCCUGCAGGGGCAGCCCUUUGGGGGCAUCCCCACCGUGCUGUUCCUCAACAUCUUCUUGUGGGUGGUCAUCAUUUUGGUUUACUCCUUCCUCCGGAAAGCUGCGUGGGACUACGGGCGCCUGGCUCUGCUGAUACACAAUGACAGCUUGACCUCACUGAUCUAUGGGGAGCAGAGUGAGAAGACAUCUCCCUCGGAUAUUUCCCUGGAGAUGGAACACAGGGACAAGGGCUUCUAUUCCUGGUUCUUCAACACCGUCACCAUGAAGAACGAGGAUCUGAUCAGCAAGUGUGGAGAUGAUGCCCGCAUCUACAUCAUGUUCCAGUAUCACCUCAUCAUCUUUGUGCUCAUCCUCUGCAUCCCCUCCUUGGGUAUCAUCUUGCCCGUCAACUACACCGGAACCGUUCUGGAUUGGAAUAGCCACUUUGGUCGGACCACCAUUGUCAAUGUCUCCAUAGAGAGUAAGGUCCUGUGGCUGCAUAGCUGCUUCUCCUUCCUCUACUUCCUCAUCAACCUCGUCUUCAUGGCUCAUCACUGUUUAGGGUUUGUGCCCAAGAAGAGCUACAAGGUCACAAGGACACUAAUGAUCACCUAUGUCCCCACAGACAUCCAAGACCCGGAAAUCAUCAUUAAGCAUUUUCAUGAGGCUUAUCCGGGGUGCGUGGUGACCAGAGUCCACUUCUGCUAUGACGUCAGGAUGCUGAUUGAGCUGGAUGAUCAGAGGCGCCACGCGAUGCGGGGCCGGCUCUACUACACUGCCAAGGCCAAGAAGAGUGGGAAGGUGAUGAUCAAGACCCACCCCUGCUCCCGCCUGUGCUUCUGCAAGUGCUGGACCUGCUUCAAGGAGGUAGAUGCAGAGCAAUAUUAUAGUGAGCUGGAGGAGCAGCUGACUGAUGAGUUCAACGCUGAGCUCAACCGCGUUCGGCUGAAGCGUCUGGACCUGAUCUUUGUCACCUUCCAGGACACCAGGAUGACGAAGCACAUCCGGGAAGAUUAUAAAUACAUCCAGUGCGGCGUGCACCCCCAGCAGUCCUCCGUGAGCACCAUCGUCAAAUCCUACCGCUGGAGGGUCGCCCUGGCCCCACACCCUCAAGACAUCAUUUGGAAACACCUGUCUGUCCGCCGCUUCCAUUGGUGGGCCCGCUUUAUCGCAAUCAACACCUUCCUCUUCUUCUUCUUCUUCUUCCUCACCACGCCCGCCAUCAUCAUCAACACCAUCGACAUGUACAACGUCACCCGCCCCAUUGAGAAGCUGCAGAACCCAGUCAUAACCCAGUUCUUCCCCUCCCUGAUGCUCUGGGCAUUUACAGUGAUCAUGCCUCUGAUUGUCUACCUCUCCGCCUUCCUAGAGGCCCACUGGACCAGAUCAAGCCAGAAUCUGAUCAUCGUGAACAAGUGUUACAUCUUUCUGGUGUUCAUGGUGAUUAUUCUGCCCUCAAUGGGACUGACCAGUUUGGAUGUCUUUUUCCGGUGGCUCUUUGACAUCUACUACUUGGAGCAGGCAUCCAUCAGGUUCCAGUGUGUGUUCCUGCCGGACAACGGCGCCUUCUUCGUCAACUAUGUGAUCACGGCGGCUUUGCUGGGCACGGGCAUGGAGCUGUUGCGCCUGGGGUCCCUCUUCCUGUAUAGCACCCGCCUCUUCUUCUCCAGGUCGGAGCCAGAGAGAGUCCACAUCAGAAAGAGCCAGGCCAUGGACUUCCAGUAUGGGCGCGAGUAUGCGUGGAUGAUGAAUGUGUUCAGCGUGGUGAUAGCAUACAGCAUCACCUGCCCUAUCAUUGUCCCUUUCGGGCUACUCUACCUGUGCAUGAAGCACAUCACCGACCGUUACAACAUGUACUACUCCUACGCGCCCACCAAGCUCAACGAGCAGAUCCACAUGGCCGCGGUCUACCAGGCCAUUUUCGCACCGCUCCUGGGUCUGUUCUGGAUGCUCUUCUUCUCCAUCCUGCGAUUAGGUACGCUGCACACCAUCACCUUCUUCUCCCUUUCCACGCUCAUCAUUUCCAUGGUCAUCGCCUUCGUUAGCACUCUUCUGGGGAAGCUCCAGGGGGUAUCUGACUAUGAGCCCGAGGAGGAGAUGGAGACCGUGUUCGACAUGGAGCCCAGCAGCACCUCCUCCACGCCCACCUCCCUUAUGUAUGUGGCCACUGUGCUGCAGGAGCCAGAGAUGAACCUGUCCCCCGCCUCCUCCCCCGCUCGGCACACUUACGGCACCAUAAACAGACAGCCGGAGGAGGGAGAAGAGGAGAAUGGCGUGAGGGGCUUUGCACAGGAGCUGGGCUCCGCCCAGUUCCAGGAAGGGCUGGAACUGGAGGGCCAGAGCCAGUACCACUGACCAGGACCGGAGGCCUCCACCUGGUGACUGCACGGGACCGGCGGCCAGGGGAGGGCCCAGCAGGGGGAGGCGGGAGGGCCAUCCGGACCUCCCCACUGCCUCCUGCAGACUUUGGGAAGGCCCCAACGGAGACAUCUGCACCGCGGCUGUUGGCCACAUGGAGGCCCCGCCCUGCUGACCAGCUCGAAUGGGAGGUGCUGGGCAGUGCAGAGGGACCCGGAUGGGAUGGAGGCUACAGGCGGGCACCACAUCUCGGGAAAGGUGGCUGAAGCGCUGGGCACAGAGACUGCAGGCUGAGGGACCUUCCUGGGGUCAGAGUGGAGAAGAUGUGCGUAGAGGAGGGGGCAGAAAGACGCCCACUGAAGACUCUCCAGGGUCUCUGCCACCCUUUUACCAGCUGCCCUGCCAAGGAGCUUCCACAGCUCCCCCGCCCCCGGUCCCCAGUCCGACUCUGAUCCCGCCGCUGCGGUCUGAGGAAGCACAGGUGUGUGUGCUGGGCCUGAUCAAGCACAUCCCCUGCGAGGGGAUCACCCAGAGCAAGGAGCAGCUGAGACCCUUCCUAGUCCUCUGCCCCUCGGCGGAUAUCCCCGGGAGCAGCAGGGUGGAGACCUUCUCCUUCCUAUUCGUGCAAGGGCAGCUGGGACACAAUCCCUCGGGGCUCAUUAAACGGGACCUGUGUGCAUUUUGAUGAAGACAACCUUGGCUGGUUACUACAAGGUGGGAGGGGCAGAGGCAGAAUUCAUGGAGAGGGGUCUUCUCCCCAGAUGCUGGGGGAUGGGAAACCAGAUACAGCUCCCCAAGCCCCAGGCCUUAAUGAGAAGACCCUCAAGGUCAAGGAUGUGGCCACUGAAAGUUGUUCCUGCCUCACACCCACCUGAGUGCCUGGGCCCCCAGCAUAACCAAGGUGGGCAGCAGCUUAGGGUAAGAAGCCAAAGGCAUGGGCCAUUCCCUGGCCUCCCAAGCAGGACCCUUCCUGUCUUGGGGCCACCUGCACCCUGCACUGAAGACCACUCAAGUGGCCUCCGGUAUGGUCCUGGCCCAGACACUGCAGACACCCUGCCGGGCAUGCGGUGGGGGUGGGGGCUGUGUCCUCCACAGAGAAGCCUUUUCUGGUGGAGUAAGGCCGCCUUCCCAGGGCUGCCACCACUCAAGAACUGCAGGAACCGAAUCCUGAGUAGGAACAAUGCUGGUGACACCCAGCACCUUUGCCAUAGUCAGAAGGGUACAGACCUUUGCCUCUGAGGACAGGCCCCCAUCAGGACCACCCGGCUGCACAGCAGGGGAGGACACAGAAAAGGGCUGGCUGAGGCCUCAGUGGACCAGAAGGAGCCAAGUCAAAAGGGGUCUGCGUGCUCUAGACCUCUCCUGAGCUCCCUCCUCCAAGGGUCUGUGUCCCUGCAGCCCACCUGCGGGAAGUCGGCCCCACGCUCACCUCACCUGAGCCUUUCCCACCAGGUCCCAGGCAUAUGGGUGCCCCUGAACUCAGACCACCUGGGGCUCACCCCUGCUCCAGCUGUGCCCACAUCUCAGCUGCAGAAGCUCCAGGCUUCACUUCGAAAUAGCGCCCAAGAGGCAAACAUUGCCAUAGCCCCAGGGCUUGGCCCAGACCUUGGUGUGAGGGAUCUUUCCAGAGAGCUUGAGUCAGCUCAGGAGGUGGCAGUUUCUCUCACUCCUUGUCCAGCUAGGAAGGAAAUUAUACCCAGCCUCAUGAUCCCAGGCCCCUCCUAGCAUUUCACCAGCCAACAAAGAGAAGGGUCCUUUCCAGAGCAGUGGUCCGGGCGGGCCCCACAGGGAGCUCUGCCCAUGCCAUGAGGAGGUGGCCAGCUCCGGGCCAUCCCCGGCCCCCAGAAGGUUAUGUUUGGUGUGCGUGUGGCUUUCCUACCAGAAGCUGGCCUGCAGGCUCUCCUUCACUGGGCACUACUUGCUGGCGCCUGCCCCCCAUCCCCGCAGCCCCUGCUGGACUAUUCCUGCCGCUUCUGCCACUGUCCCUCCUCUGUCCCCUGCCCACCCAGCAGCCUCUGGACGCUGCAUGUGGAAAGGGUCCCAACAGAUUACAUGGCAGCACGGCUGGGGGCUUGCCCCUCUGCAUUUGGGCCAAGUGCAGUUGGUUCUGAGAGAAGACCGUGCGAAUGUUGGGAAAGUUCCAGAAUCCUUUCACUUCUCAACUCUUUUUGGAGACACCCUCCCCUGCUCUCCCAGCUGCUCAACCUCCAUGGUCACUGUGAAGGCAGGGUGGGCAUGCUUUGGCUCCUUCCACACCACAUCCUCCAGGCCCCCUCUCCCAGCACCUCCCCUCGGGCCUGCCCUCUCAGCCCACACUUGUCUCACCCACUGGCCUCCACCCACCACCGUCUGACCCCAUCCCCCAGCCCACCUCCCAGCUGUCCUUCCCCAGCCUUCCACCGAAGCACAGCCUUUCAGACUUGAUUCUUUCUGGAGGGGGCUGCCUCUGAGGGAACCCAGGAUUGCCUAGAGCCUCUAAGAAGUGCCCCCACUGGGUCAAGAGUACCUCCAUGCCUGCCUGCCUCUUCCUCAGAUGCUUCCGGAAGCAAAGUGCCUAUCAGCAGCAUUGCAUCCUCUGGGGCCCCCCGGCAUGGGGUGUGGACUUCCCUUGGCCACCACCACUAAAGGAAUGUGCCAGAAUGCCGAACCUUCUUGUUAUUAAUGCUAUGACCGUGCCUUGAAUAAACAAGU